CAACGCGGACUAAUACAAAGUAGGGACCAGCUGCUCUUUUCUUACUCACACAAGUAUAUAAACUACUUCCCCAACAUCUCUCUCUACUUGACCGUGUGUUCUGAAUUAUUACCAAGUGUUGUAGUUGUUAAGCAUCAGCAGCAGCUAUGAAUGGAAGAGAUAUCCUCCACAAGAUGAAGGAAAAGGUUGGGUUUGGCUCAUCGUCAGCUGAAAGUGGAAAAGGAAAGAGUAAAAUGUCAAAGCAUGUAACACAUGGAUAUCAUUUGGUAAAGGGAAAAUCAUAUCAUGACAUGGAAGAUUAUGUUUUUGCACAGUUUAAGCAAAUUGACGACAAUGAGCUUGGCCUCUUUGCAAUAUAUGAUGGUCAUUUGAGCCAUGAUAUUCCUGAUUACCUGAAGACUCAUCUGUUUGAGAACAUAAUCAAUGAGCCCGAUUUCUGGACUGAGACUGAGAAGGCAGUCAGACGAGCAUAUCACAUAACUGAUAAAACUAUAUUGGAUAAAGCAAGUGAUCUAGGUAGAGGGGGUUCAACUGCAGUUACAGCAAUUUUAAUAAAUUGUAAAAAGCUGGUUGUGGCUAAUGUCGGGGACUCUAGAGCUGUCAUUAGCAAAAAUGGAGUGGCGAAACAAUUAUCGAUAGAUCAUGAGCCUAGUAAGGAGCGAAGUAGUAUAGAGGACAGAGGUGGCUUCGUAUCUAACUUUCCAGGCGAUGUUCCUCGUGUUGAUGGGCAACUAGCAGUAGCCAGAGCCUUUGGUGAUAGGAGUUUGAAGAAGCACCUUAGUUCAGAACCAGACGUGUCGGUUGAAACCAUAAGUGAGAGUACAGAUUUUCUUAUCUUAGCAAGUGAUGGCAUAUGGAAGGUUUUGUCAAAUCAAGAAGCUGUGGACUGUAUUAAGCACACAAAAUGUCCUCAAACAGCGGCAAAGCAACUUACUGAAGAAGCACUUGCAAGGAAGAGCACCGAUGAUAUAUCUUGUGUGGUUGUAAAGUUCAGAUGAUCUAGUCAGAUGAUUUGGAAUUUGUGCUGUUGCGAAGAUCAGUUUGGAAUUUGCUUGAAUUUGGGCUUGUGAAAUGUUGGCGCAGGAUCAUAGCUUCCGUAAUCAUUUGUCUUAACUCUAAGAAGCCUCUUAUGGAUGCUGAUUCUUGUCUGAUCAUUUGUAUGUGCCUCAACAGACUUCUUCUUCUCAAAGUCUACAUACUUGGGCAGUCCUUGACCUGCAUCUACAGACAGUUUUAUCAGGCAUUAGUUCUUGAGCAUGGCAUCAUGGCGAACCUUUACAUACAAUUCGUGCUUUCGAUUAGAAUGAGCCGUAUUUGUUUCAUUUGCAUGAAGGAAUAUCUACUUGACUCAAAUCUUUAAUACAGUCUUACAGAGUACUUUCUUGUACAUAUGCAUGGUUAGUGCUAAAUUACGCAGAGUGUGCUCAUGAUGAUGGAUGCUUGUAAAAACAUAGAACAAUGCAACUAAGAAACCGAACCUGUGUAUGCAGUUGACAGAAGUGAUGCGGAGAUAACUACGAGGAAGAAGAGGAGACAGAGCCUUUUUAGAAGCACCAUUUUUGCACUUGAGAGAAUAUACAUGGCAUUACAUUUACUUCAAGUGUCCAAGGCAUUAUUGGAGUUAUACCUCAAAUUGAUCCGAUUCGUUCAACAAUUUAUUAUAAACAAAUACAAUAGCUAGCUGCUAUGCUUUUUAUUAGAAUUCAAAGUUGAAAAGGCAAGGAAAAGCACUUUUGCUGUUGUUGGAGCACUACUAAGUCUUAGAGGUCAGUGGAUUGAUUAAGUUAACAGUAAAGUGAUAUGAACCCUCGGAUUUAAGUGGCUUAAAUAGUUUCUUGAUAA